CUCUUCCAGAGACUAUAUAUAGAGGGUCUCCCUACGAAGUCAAUUGUUCAUCAAUAGUAUAUCAACAUGACUAUCCCCGAUAAGCAAUUGGCCGCUGUCUUCCACAACCACGGAAAUCCCGAUAACGUUAAGUUCGAGGAGGUUCCUGUCGCUGAACCCGGUGAGAACGAAGUCUUGGUUAACAUCAAGUACACUGGUGUCUGCCACACUGACUUGCACGCCCUCCAAGGUGACUGGCCUCUCGAUGUUAAGCUUCCUUUGAUUGGUGGUCACGAAGGUGCUGGUGUUGUUGUUAAGGCUGGUCCUGGUGUCAACCGUCUCAAGAUUGGUGACCGCGUCGGUGUUAAGUGGAUGAACUCUUCUUGCGGUAACUGCGAAUACUGCAUGAAGUCUCAAGAAACCAUCUGCCCUAACAUUCAACUCUCCGGUUACACCGUUGAUGGUUCUUUCCAACACUACUGCAUUGCUAAUGCUACUCAUGCUACUCUUAUUCCCGAGUCUGUUCCCCUCGAGGUUGCUGCUCCUGUCAUGUGCGCUGGUAUCACUUGCUACCGUGCCUUGAAGGAAUCUGGUGUCCAACCCGGUGAGUGGAUUUGCAUUCCCGGUGCUGGUGGUGGUCUUGGUCACUUGGCUGUCCAAUAUGCCAAGGCUAUGGCUAUGCGUGUUGUUGCUAUUGACUCUGGUGAAGACAAGAAGGAACUUGUCAAAUCUUUCAACGCUGAUGUCUUCGUUGACUUCAAGACUGACGAUGUUGUCGAGAUGGUUAAGGAGAAGACUGGCGGUGGUGCUCACGGUACCUUGGUCUUGUCCACCUCUCCCAAGUCUUAUGAGCAAGCUGCUGCUUUCGCUCGUCCCGGAUCUACCAUGGUCACUGUUGCCAUGCCUGCUGGUGCCAAGCUCGGUGCUGACAUUUUCUGGUUGACCGUUAAGAUGCUUAAGGUUUGCGGUUCUCACGUCGGUAACCGCCUUGACUCUGUUGAGGCUUUGGACUACGUGGCUCGCGGUCUCGUUAAGCCUUUCUACAAGGUCCAACCCUUCUCUACUCUCCCUGAGGUUUACCACCUCAUGCACGAGGGUAAGAUUGCUGGACGUAUUGUUUUGGAUCUCUCCAAGUAAACUCAUCUGAUAAUCUUGUAGAUGAGAUGUUCAAGAGCUCAGUAAGGAUUGCUCCAAGUCGUUUAAAAGAAGCUAAUCUUCUCAUUCACGUUAUCAACAAAUGUUUUCGUAUUGAAUGGUCUUAUCUGGCGUUAAUUUAAAAUACUAGUCGUCAGGAAGUUCAAAUUGGUUUAGGAAAAGAACUGACUCUGAACUCUUGCAUGAAUGUUUUUGUUAUAGAAAAUGAAAUUUAGAUGUUGUGAAUACCUUGAACGAAGACAUAGUAGAGAUAGUAGGGAA